AUGCAGACUCUGGCUGCGUCCGAGGAGGGGCUUCCGGGGCUCAAAUUUGUCGUUCGGGACCGAGCCCAUCGGAUGCGAAGUGUUCAGAAGCAGACAUGGGAUGCACUGUCCGGUCUUUGCACGCUCCUCCCCGUCCUCGUUACGUCCGAGGGAAGCGUCUGCAAGACCCUGGAAACCUCGAGGAAGCUCAGCUUGAUGUGGGAGGAGACUCAGAAAACACAGCCCUCCCAGUUCACCGUGGCGUUGCGGAGCUUUUCCUUCGCGAUGCAACGAUUCGAGUCCCUGUCGAUGCCUCUCUACAAGAUCCUGCGGACGCUUCCCUCUUUGUACAAGUUCUUGGCCCGAGUAUGCCAAGACGGGGACGUCGAUGACGAGAAGUGGGCCCGAAAUGUGCUCGAGCAGCUCACCGGCACUGGGGCAGGCGCAGCCAUCGUUCGAUGCGGCAUCGUGUCCGACACCAUGUUGACGUGCAACCGCUUCCUUAGACUUUGCGACAAGGCCGAUGAUGACGCUUGCCUGGCAGGUUCACAGGCCGGGUUGCGGGAUGGCCAGGCAGCCGAAGUGAUGCAUUCCAUGAAGCAUCUCUUCUAUGAAGGAGCUCUGCUCGAGGCCCAGGAGAGCAUGACGGUUCAAGCCAUGCGUACGAUCCAGGAAGUGGGCUCUGUGCGAGUACUUUCCCGAAGAGCUGCUGGGGCGCGAGGUGCAAGGCCAGAGCACGUACUGCCAGUAUGGAACGACUCCAGCGAGCAAGCUAUCAAGAAGGACAUGAAGCGAGUGUACAAGAUUGUUGAUGCUUACUUCCGGUCCAACUUUCCGCACUGGGAUUACAUGAACUCGCUCAGCGCGCUCGACCUUCACGCAAAGUUAAGUAUGACUCAAAGGAAGAGUCUUGUAGCCCGAGUGGCAAAGCAAUGGGGCUUGAAUGCUGACACUUUGUGGAACCAGCUGGUGGGCAAUGCGACCGAGACUGAUGUGGGAAAUGGUUUGUUUGCUCGAGCUUUGUGGCACGCUCGCAAUCCCAGCCAACAGCCAUCAAAGGACGCAUGGGUUUGUGCUUUGUCCGAGUUACGCACAGGGCAGGUGCAGCAAAGGCCCGAGGCUGUCAAACUGGUGAAGCACGCCCUGUGCUUUAUGACGUCAACCUGCAAUGUGGAGCGAUGGUUGCACGAGAUCGGUUUGACCGAGCACAAAAGCCGAGCACAUCACCUCAAUGUAUACCGCCUCGAGGAUGCUGUCAAGCUCAACGUGCAAAACAUGAAAGGCAGGUGCUCGGUCAUGCAGGCCGACUAUUUGACCACCAGUGCGUCCGAGAGUCAGCAGCGAGGCGUACGGUGGCAAGCAUCGGAUUUUGGGCUGCGAGCACAAAGAGCAUAUGCAGAGUAUUUCGGAGACAGGGAGCUGCCAGCCCGAGACCUGUUGGCCAUGCAAGAUCGCACUGACAAGCCGAGGCUGGCACCUUUGAGGGCUUCGUCCGAGAAGUCCCUCAACAGCCAGCUGAGACGGCAUAAGGAAUCCUUGGAUUCCGCUGUGUCCCAGCGAUGCAAGAAGCCAAAGAUCAUGUCCGAGAUGGUGGCGGCUGCAGAAGACUUUGCAAGCAGUAUGGAUUCCGGUGCCCAGCCAUCCGAGCCGAACCCGAAGCUGAAGCCAACAAACGCCGAGUCCGAGCAGACCGCUGCCAUUCCGCCCGAGACGGAGGAAGAUGCCUUGGACGUCAUGGUCAAUGAAAAAGUGGCCGAGCAGAACGAGCUUGGGAAAAAAAGGCGAGCGAAAGCGGUGGCGACUCCUGUUAGGUCCUUGGCGCCCUAUGUGCAUGCCACCGGUUCUGUGAUCGGCCCGAUUUCUGCCAAAGCUGAAAUCCCUGCCCGGGUGGUUGCUCCAGUUCCUGGCUCGACUCUCAUGGUGAAGUUGGCGCCAGGCGCGAGGUGGCCUGAGGCUGCAAGCUCCCGCUUUCGCAUGACUGCUGACUGGUCCAAUGCCCAGAUGUUACAAGUCCAAUGCUUCAAUCGGGAGCUGCUCACCCCUUCCGCUUUGAUUUGUCGUUUGCGUGGUCUCCAUUUGGCCGACCAAUUCUUCAUCGCAUCUAAUAUGCGGAAAGGGAGCUGCAUAUGCUUCCAACGCGGGUUGGACCUGCACUACUAUUUCUAUUUGACCGAGGACUUUAUCAGAGUGCACUCCGCCCAU